AUGGAUGAUGAUGUUUGUUUUUCUUCAAAUAAAUUUGAACGAUUAAGAAUUAUUGUAUUUGAAAAAAUUCUUAAAAGUUUAAAAAACACCUAUAACAUGUUACCAAUCAGUGAGAAUGAUAUUAAAUUACUAAUUGAACGAGAUGAAAUUGAUUAUUUAUCAGACUUAUAA